AUGUCCCGGACGCGGGCGCCGCGAGACCUAGAACAUACCCAGGGGGAUCCAACAAGCACCCCCGUGUGGCGUCUGAUCCUCCAGGGUGCGGGGCUCCUCGUGGCGGCUGUUGCGGUGCAGCUGGGCGUGACCAUCCCUUUAGUGCGCCAACUCCUGGACCCGCCGGCGCGCUCGCCCGUGGACGACCACUACGGCGGCUUCCCUCGGCUGCUGUUCUACGGGCUGCUCGCGCCACUCUGCCUGCCCGUCACGGUCCUCCUGGCGUUCGCGAACUGGCUAGGACUGAAGCUGUUCAAGCACAACUACUAA